UCGAAAAAACGUAAACAACUGUAAAUUCCGACACUUGAUUGGAUUUUGUCAACGAAAAAUGUGUCCAAAUAAUCGAACGGCUCAGCCCAUCUAUGUCAUCCUCGGCUCCGGCGGACACACAGCCGAAAUGUGUAAAAUCAAUCAGGCCCUAAUGCAGCACGAUGACCUUAAGCAAUACCAAUCCGUACGUUAUAUUGUGGCCAACAGCGACGACACUUCGGAAAAGCAAAUCCGCUCCGCUUUGCCGGCUUUAAAGGACAGCGACUUUAUACGCGUGCCGCGCAGCCGCAGCGUCGGCCAAAGUUGGCUCACCAGCAUAUUUACUACGCUGUGGGCCUUGCUCUGGAGCUGCUGGCUCGUUUGGCGCGAUCGGCCCAAGCUCGUACUCUGCAACGGACCCGGCACCUGUGUGCCCUAUUGCUAUGCGGCAUAUCUAUGGCGCCUGCUCGGCCGCCUGCCCGCCCACAGCAAGAUCGUGUUUGUGGAGAGCUAUUGCCGAGUCGAGACGCUCUCGCUGAGCGGUCGCCUUCUGUUGCCACUCGUGGACAUGUUCGUUGUCCAUUGGCCGGCGCUAGCGACUCGCUACGCCAAAAAGUCGAACUUGCGUUAUUUUGGCAGAAUUUUAUAAGCAAUUAAAAAUAAAUUGUAUUGCAAAACA